AUGUCAUUGAGCCCAGAUAAAAUAGCUGGUUUCAGAAGUAGAGAAGGUAGAACUCCGCCCCCAGCACCUAGCGCUGCUUAUGCCAAAAGGGCUCGGGAGAUCAUCGAGAAUGAGACGGGUUUCAAGCCAACAGCAGGUUUAAACUCGGAAGAUGAUGAAGUUGCCGUUGAUAAUGGAGUCGCGGCUGGAUACAGGAGGGCAAGGGCUGGUACCAUGCCUUCCAACUUACAGGAAGCCGCUCAACGUUACACCGGCUCCUCUGACGAACCAACGCCGACCUCUGCCACUUCCGCUGCAUCCUCCAGUGCGGCAACAUACACCCGUACUUCUGCGCUGUCUCCCGCCUAUCCACAGGUGACUGCUAGACCGACACUCAGGCAUGCUGCCUCCUCCGCUGCGGAUCUUGAAACCGCGUCCGCUUCCAAUCGUCUACGUUCCGGCUCUCUUACUUUACCUGGUACAGGACUAGGAGAUGCUUUUGGUCACGGGCCAUUCAGCAAUGCUUGGCUUUCAAACCCCGGUCUGACUACCUCUAAUACUCCCGCCCGAUCACCACUAGGUCAUCCAUCACAGACAGGCGAAGAAGAACCUGCCUCUUAUACUUCUCCUGAGUCAGCUGCUCUCGCCACAGAUGAUCUCAACUCCACUCUUGGCUACCUAGGUCUUGCCGAUGGAGGUGAUCUCAUGCAGCUCCCACCAGCUUCGAUGUCUGAACUACGUAAUCAAGCCCAACGAGCCAUAGCUAAUUCGGGCCCGGCCAGUCGAUUGCGAGCGAGUACCGUGUCAAACUUUGCUCGACCAUUUAGACCAUCGGUGACGUCUGGCACUGCGUAUGGUAAUAAUGCGUACGAAGAAAGGAAUGAGGCAGAAGAGGCUCUUGCUAGAGCUAUUGACAAUCUUGGGAUGUACGAUCAAGGUGGUUAUUCCGAAUCAGAUCUUCAUCUUGCAAAUCUAUAUGCUCCAUCAAAUAAUUAUCAAGGGAAAGAGACGACUCGGCCCAGAGCCACAACUAUUGGUGCUUUGGAUCAUCCUCAGAGGAGACCGAUGACGAGAGGAAACAGUCAUUUAGCUUCGAUCCCUCAAUCUCCAGUUCAUGCCGAACAUCUGGGAACACCAUACGGAUAUGCUCACCUCUCAAAAUCCAGAGAUUCUAGUCGGGGUCCAAGAUUAUCUAUCUCUUCUCAUACUUCUAGAACUGGAACUCCAGAUGUAGAGAAAGGUGCCUCAACGCCUCAAAUACCUACUCGAAGUUUGUGGAUCGGAAACUUGGAUGUCAAUGCCACUAGUGAUGCCUUGUUGAACGUCUUUGCUCCUUACGGUGGAAUUGAAAGCGUACGAAUGCUGCCGGAAAAGACAUGCGCAUUCGUCAACUUCAUGGAUAAAACAGACGCCAUUCGAGCUCGAGAUGAUGUGUUGAACCGGCUCGGCGGACAUGUUUCAGCUUUAUCUGAAACCGCUCCGGUUCGGAUUGGUUUUGGAAAGAUCGAUUCAGCUCCCAAUGGGCCUUCCUUGAGUACAGUUGCUCCUCCGCCUCCUAAUCUGGUCUUCACCGCUGGACCCGUGCUGAACAGUACUCCGGCGAUCACUGUUCCACCUCCUGCCAACACCAGCAUAUCAAUGAGCCCUGACCAGAAAGAUGGUGAACAAAGUUCUUUGCCUACUAGAGCCCUUUGGGUUGGUAGUAUUCCUGGGACAACUAGUCCAAGCACGUUAUUGCAGAUUUUCUCACCUUUUGGCCCUGUUGAAUCGGCCAGGAUAUUGAUGAACAAGUGCUGUGGUUUCGUCAAUUUCGAACGACUAGAUUCAGCUGUUUCCGCCCGAAACGCAUUGAACGGGCGUGAUAUCCUAGGGAGCGAUGUUGGAGCCAUCCGAAUCGGUUUUGCUAGGGUACCAACUAGAUCACCCAUAUUAGGCGGUCCAGACGACGAGAUCAGCUCUCCUGGUAAAUUGGGUGAUGCUCUAGAUACCGUGCAAGGCGCUGCAUCUGUGACUACCGCACAGCAAAUGUCUGUUGAAGGCGGUGGACUAGAGAAUUAUAGAAGUCAACUUGUAUUAGACUUAGUCAAACAAGGUGUCCAUGAGCAAGUUAUUGAGAAAGGUCUAGAUAACGAUGGAGUAGUCAGUGAUCAGCAGAUGAUUAUGCAGGUGUUUAGUCAGAAAACGGAAGAAGACGGCGACAUCAAAGCUGCUGCUGAAUCUCGCCCUCCCGUUACCUACUAUUCCAGUAUCCCGCUCGUGGGAGAUCGACCCAGCAGAAGAUCUGAUUCUGCGAGACUAAAAGAAUUGAGGAAACAGCUUGACGCAGGUCAAUGCACCCAAGAAGACGUGGAUGCAAUCACUCACGAAUUAAUGGACGAGUGUGCAGAACUCGCAAGCGAUUACAUCGGUAAUACCGUCAUCCAGAAGCUGUUUGAACGCAACGGUCAGCCAGCAAGAUUAGCGAUGUUGGAACGGAUCGCUCCCCAAUUAGCUACUAUCGGUAUCCACAAAAACGGAACCUGGGCGGCACAGAAGAUUAUCGAAUGCGCAGUAACACCCGAAGAAAGACAUAUGAUCAUUGAUCAUAUCAGGUCUUUUACUCCGCCGUUGAUGUGUGAUAGUCUGGGCAAUUACGUAUGCGCCGGUACAUUGAAGUUUGGUCCUCCAUGGAAUGAUUAUGUUUUCGAUGCUAUGACCGAUAGACUUUGGGAUAUCGCUCAAAACAGAUUUGGAGCAAGAUGUAUGAGAACUUGUCUGGAGAGUAACAGUACCAGUCUGUACCAAAAGAAACGAAUCUCCACUGGAAUCAUCCUCAACUCCAUCCCUCUUGCCACUAAUCCCAAUGGGGCUUUACUGCUUACUUGGCUAGUCGACACCUCCAACUUGCCGGGCAGGUAUGGGUUAUUGGCGAAUCGAUUCGUACCCCAUAUUGCUCAUCUAUGCACCCAUAAGCUGGCUUCUUUGACUGUUUUACGAGUCAUGACUCAAACCACGGAGCCGAUUGCAGCCAAUAAUCUCAUUCAAUCUAUCUUUAUCUCGAAUAACGAUCAAACGCUUAUCGAGAUCUUGAGCGAUGCAAACAACGGUUCUCAAGUAAUCGGUAAAAUUCUCGCCAUCAAUAAUAUUCCCCAGGACCAGAAAGCUCAAAUGACCGAGACCGUGCGAAAGGUUCUUCCUGGUAUCAAAGCUUCCAACACACCUCCUUAUAGAAUGUUAUUAGAGGCGGUCGGAUUACCUGUACCUGCUGGGUACAUAAACAAUUCUUCACCCUUUGGAAGACCCCAGCAACCUAAUGGAGGCAUGUGGCAGCAGUCGUUCGGUAUGAGCGCGCAACAAGCAUUUUACGGCGGUGGCAAUGGAUAUCAACAACCUUAUCCCUCGAUGGCUACUAUGAAUAAUCUAUCACCGUUGUUGAUCCCUCAGAAUAUGCCCUUGGGCCAUUCGAUGAGAGGGGGCAGUCCCAACUCGACACCAAAUGCUAAUCAUUCACCAAGAACUCCGAUAGCGAGAUUCAGUGCAGGUCCGAAUGGCAUGGGAAGAAUGAGUCCCAACAGCAUGAUGAGUCCUGGUUCAGAUCCUUUCAAUCCUUUUGCAUCCCCUUCCAUUGACCUUCCUGGAGCUCAACACGCUUCAAUGCGGAUGGGAUCCGCGCUUGCACAACCUCCUGUAACGUUUGGCUCUCAGCCUGACAUUGGUGGUUUAGGUAUUGGUGCUCAACAAGGCGAUGGAAAUGGAUUGUACUAUAGUCAACGCAUGGGUAGAUCAAUGUACGGUCAAGCUGCGGGGUAUCAAUAG